GUCGUGUCUCCGGUGACUGAACGCAGCGGCAGUCAGACUGAUCUGGACGCUGAGCAGAUUAGAGCUCAGCAGAAGAACAGAGAGAAGCUCGGGUCCUCCUCAGGGCUGGUUGGAGAUAGAGCUUCAUGAAGAGCUGCAGUCCUGAGAGUCCUGAAAGACAGACAGAGGGACAGACAGACAGAGGGACAGACGGAGGGACAGAGGGAGGACUCACUGCAACAGGUCUGAGGAAUAAGAAGAGAUGUGAGGACAGGAAGGAACGCAGCAGGACAGACUGAUGGUUUGAUGGUUGGAGAUCCAGGAGGAGAUCAUCCACCAUGAUGCCGAUGUUUCUCACCGUGUACCUUAGCAACAACGACCACCACUUUAACGAGGUUCCCAUCACUCCAGAGACACUGUGCAGAGAUGUGGUGGAGCUCUGCAAGGAGCCUGGUGAGGCCGACUGCUACCUGGCUGAGAUGUGGAGAGGCUCAGAACGUGUAGUUGGAGAUGGGGAGCGGAUGUUGGAGGUGUUACAGCGAUGGGGGCAGCAGAGGGGAGAGGUCCGUUACCUCCUUCGUCACCAGAGGGCUCCUGGACGGGAUGCAGGUGGAUCCAGAGCUGCAGAUCUAAUGAUGAAAAGGAACCAGAUGAAAGCUUCGGUGGAAAGAUGUCUGGAGAACGGGGUCUCCUCUCCUCGGCUGGACGUGACGCUGAGCGAGCUGCAGGAUCUGGCAACCCGGCAGCAGCAGCAGAUCAACGCCCAGCAGCAGCUGCUGGCCUCCAAGGAGCAGCGUCUGCGCUACCUGAAGCUGCAGGAUCAGCGGCAGCAGCAGUAUCAGGAUGCGUCUGAACAGGAGCGACUGCGACAGCUCAGAGAGAACGCACACAACCAGGAGGCCAAACUGCGACGUGUCCGGGCCCUCAGGGGCCAAGUGGAGCAGAAACGCCUGAGCAACAGCAAGCUAGUGGAGGAGAUCGAGCAGAUGACCGGCCUGUUCCAGCAGAAGCAGAGGGAGCUGCUGGUGGCCGUGGCCAGAGUGGAGGAGCUGAGCGACCAGCUGGAGGCGCUGAGGAGCAGCAGACUGGAGCCUCCUCUUCCUCCUGCUCCUCUUCCUCACCACCACACCUCCUCCUCCACCGCUGAGCUGGAGCGCCUCUACAAAGAGCUGCAGCUCAGGAACAAGCUGAACCAGGACCAGAGCGUCCGGCUGCAGCAGCAGAGAGACAGCCUGAACAAGAGGAACCUGGAGGUGGCGGCGAUGGACCGGCGGCUGGCUGAGCUCCGACAGCGGCUCUGGAAGAAGAAGACCGCCCUGCAGCAGAAGGAGAAUCUACCGGUGGCUUCAGAUGGGGUCACCCCUCAGCAUGGCGGAGGCUCCAGAGUGGCAGCAGUCGGGCCGUACAUACAGUCGUCCUCCACAUCCACCUCUCAGGGCCCUCCGGUGCCGAAUCACCAGGAGGUUCUGGUGAAGCCGGCGUACCCGGACGGCACUGCCACCCUGCCCAUGCCGGACUCGUCCCUGAAGCCACCGCCCAGACCAGCCAAACCAGCCUCAGGUUUUAACGCCCCAAAAACAGCGAAACUCUCUGACUGGAGCUGCUCAUUUCUUGAACCCAGCGGGAGCCACAGCCACGCCUCCACCCUGCCUCGCAUGUCCAGCCUCAGCUGCCCCAGAACGGGUCAGUUAGGCCCCAGAACGGGUCAGUUAGGCCCCAGAACGGGUCAGUUAGGCCCCAGAACGGGUCAGUUAGGCCCCAGAACGGCUCAGUUAGGCCCCACAACAAGUCAGUUAGGCCCCACAACAAGUCAGUUAGGCCCCACAACGGCUCAGUUAGGCCCCACAACAAGUCAGUUAGGCCCCACAACAAGUCAGUUAGGCCCCACAACAAGUCAGUUAGGCCCCACAACAAGUCAGUUCGGCCCCAGAACGGCUCAGUUAGGCCCCACAACAAGUCAGUUAGGCCCCACAACAAGUCAGUUAGGCCCCAGAACGGGUCAGUUAGGCCCCAGAACGGGUCAGUUAGGCCCCAGAACAGGUCAGUUAGGCCCCACAACAAGUCAGUUAGGCCCCAGAACGGGUCAGUUAGGCCCCAGAACGGGUCAGUUAGGCCCCAGAACAAGUCAGUUAGGCCCCAGAACAAGUCAGUUAGGCCCCAGAACAAGUCAGUUAGGCCCCAGAACGGCUCAGUUAGGCCCCAGAACAGGUCAGUUAGGCCCCAGAACAAGUCAGUUAGGCCCCAGAACAAGUCAGUUAGGCCCCACAACGGGUCAGUUAGGCCCCACAACAAGUCAGUUAGGCCCCACAACAAGUCAGUUAGGCCCCAGAACGGGUCAGUUAGGCCCCAGAACAAGUCAGUUAGGCCCCAGAACAAGUCAGUUAGGCCCCAGAACAAGUCAGUUAGGCCCCAGAACAAGUCAGUUAGGCCCCAGAACAAGUCAGUUAGGCCCCACAACGGGUCAGUUAGGCCCCAGAACGGGUCAGUUAGGCCCCAGAACGGGUCAGUUAGGCCCCAGAACGGGUGGUGAGAUCCUCAGUGAUCAGAAGUUUCCCUCCGGCUCUGACGUCCCGCCACCUGUCCCUUCACGAACCACUCACACUUCUGAGAACCUGCUCAGGGACAACCAGGCCUCGGGUAAAGGUCUGUCCAAGAUGCUGCCACCUCCUCUUCCCAGUAAGCCUAAACCAUUCUCCUCAUCUGACCCAGCUACCUUCUCGAAGCCCUCCUACAGCACCGGGACCUUCCCUGGGAAGGUGAAGCCCGUUGGUGGCCACCUCAGGGCUCUGGGCAUCGUCUCCAGCCACAGCAACACCCUCCCUCUGCCCAACAAGCAGGACAGUCCUCCUGCGGCAGCCGUUAGACCUUACACCCCCGACCUCUCCGACGGCCACCCUCCUGUGCUGCAGAAGCCGCAGACUCUGGCAGCUUCAUCCAUCUACUCCAUGUACACCCAGCAGGCUACACUGGGGAAGGGCUACCAGCAGGGUGGCCAGGGCACCCUGCCCCGCAGCCAGCCCCGAGUGUAUGGAAAACCGGUCCUCCCAGCCAGCGGGGGGCAGCAGACUGUCAGCUCAGACAACGCUGCCUUUAAUUCUGGGCUUUGCGUGUCUAACGGCAGCGAGGCUGACAACAGUUGCCCAGGUAUUGCCGAUGGUGGUGGAGGAGAUGCAGCAGAACGUACCACCCCUCGGCCUCUCAGCCCCACCAAGCUCCUCCCCUUCCUGUCCAACCCUCACAGGAACCCCAGCGACGCCGACCUAGAGGCCCUCAGGCGCCGGCUGCACCACGCCCCCCGACCCCUGAAGAAACGCAACUCCAUUACAGAGCCUGAAGGCCCAGCUGGACCCAAUAUCCAGAAGCUGCUUUACCAGAAGACCACUCUGGCUGCCAUGGAAACUAUCCCCAUGGAGACCAUUGGUCCAGCUGGGAUGUAUGAGCAGCCAACGGUUCAUGAGGACAGGAUGGGUGUUGCAGAUAUAACGUCCAAUCCUGAGGACAACAGCGGACCUGGCGUCAACGAGCUGUCUGAUGAGAGCCCUGAGGACGCCCUGACCCCACCUCCACUGCCGCCUCGCUCCCCCAUCCCUGAUCCCACCUCCUACCGCUCCCUGCCCUCACCUCUGGAAGACACAGCGGAAGAGGAGACAUGUCCUUCUACCUUGGUUCAUGAUCGCUUUCCAGAGGAGUUCCCCCCCUACCCACCUCCACCUUACCCGAGCUGUGGGGAGGCGGAGCAGGUGAACGAUGCCGUCAACCUGCAGCCUCCAGAGGUGACCGGACAGGUCACAGUGCCGCCGGGUAAGAGAUCGAUCCUCCAUAAAGCCGGCUCAGAGCGGAUCCACCACGGUAUGGGGGUCAAGUUCAACCCUCUGGCCCUGCUGCUGGACUCGUCUCUGGAGGGCGAGUACGACCUCGUCCAGAGAGUCAUCUACGACGUUGAUGACCCCAGUAUGCCAAACGAUGAAGGCAUCACGGCGCUGCACAAUGCCGUCUGUGCCGGGCACACGGAGAUCGUCAAGUUCUUGGUUCAGUUUGGUGUCAACGUCAACGCUGCCGACAGCGAUGGUUGGACUCCUCUUCACUGUGCUGCUUCCUGCAACAACGUUCAGGUCUGUAAGUUCCUGGUGGAGUCGGGGGCGGCCGUGUUCGCCACCACCUACAGCGACAUGCAGACGGCUGCUGACAAGUGUGAGGAGAUGGAGGACGGCUACGCUCAGUGCUCACAGUUCCUCUACGGCGUUCAGGAGAAGAUGGGCGUGAUGAACCGAGGCGUGGUGUACGCCCUGUGGGACUACGAGCCUCAGAGCGGCGACGAGCUCGGCUUCACCGAGGGCGACUGCAUGACGGUGCUGAGGCGGGAGGACGAGGUGGAGACGGAGUGGUGGUGGGCGCGAUGCGGCGACCACGAGGGCUACAUCCCCCGGAACCUGCUGGGGCUGUAUCUGAGGAUCAAACCCCGGCAGAGGAGCCUGGGCUUAGCAUCUCCUUCAGAGGCCAGAAGCAGCAGAGAAACGAACCUCCGAAUCUUUUCUGGACUGCCGAUUGGUUUUCAGCACAAAGAAUGUAACAAAGAACUGCAGGAGAGAGAAGAAACGGCAGUUCCCCCGUCUCCUUUGGUCAAAUAAAAGAUGUAAACUCCCAGAAACAGACCAACACGUUCUGUGAAUCUGGCCUGUGAGUUCUCUUUGACAUCCUCCAGCUGAGCCUCGAUACCAGAAUGUCAACAGUUUCAUCUUGCUCUCGUGAGAUUUCUUUUUGUUUCGUGUAGCCGACGUCCCAAAGGCUGGAUCUGAACUUUUGCUUUUCCUUUAUUUAGUUUUGCUAUAAAUUAAUUUCGCUAGAAGUAGCAGCCAGAGUUGCAGUGUUCCUUACAUCUGAUGAGAAGCCCUGAAGCCUCUGAAAUGCACACGCUCCACAUCAGGACUACAAAUAUGGCCGUAACUUCUGAAUCGCUGAACCAGACAGGAACAAGCACAUUGCUAAUUUGUGGAAAUGAUGAGAACAGUGUGUGUUUUGCGUCUUUAGGGGCUGUCGUUGGUAAAAACUGAAUAAUCUCAUGUUCAUCAGUUGCAUCCAGUUUUUGUUUUGGUUUGCAGAAAACUCUGAAGAAUUUCUUUUACUUUUUGUUUAUAAGGUCCUUUAAUAAAAGUCCCUGCACUGCUACACAA